AUGUGUGUGAGCAGCGGGGUGGGCUACGUGGAGGGCAGCGGGGUGGGCAACGGGGAUGGCAGCGGGGUGGGCAGCGGGGUGGGCUACGGGGAGGGCAGCGGGGUGGGCAACGGGGAUGGCAGCGGGGUGGGCUACGUGGAGGACAGCGGGGUGGGCAACGGGGAUGGCAGCGGGGUGGGCUACGUGGAGGACAGCGGCGGGGUGGGCUACGUGGAGGGCAGCGGGGUGGGCAACGGGGAUGGCAGCGGGGUGGGCUACGUGGAGGACAGCGGGGUGGGCUACGUGGAGGGCAGCGGGGUGGGCAACGGGGAUGGCAGCGGGGAGGGCUACGUGGAGGGCAGCGGGGUGGGCUACGUGGAGGGCAGCGGGGUGGGCUACGUGGAGGGCAGCGGGGUGGGCAGCGGGGUGGGCUACGUGGAGGACAGCGGGGUGGGCAACGGGGAUGGCAGCGGGGAGGGCAGCGGGGUGGGCUACGUGGAGGGCAGCGGGGUGGGCAACGGGGAGGGCAGCGGGGUGGGCUACGUGGAGGGCAGCGGGGUGGGCCCCGGGGAUGGCAGCGGGGUGGGCUACGUGGAGGACAGCGGGGUGGGCAACGGGGAUGGCAGCGGGGUGGGCUACGUGGAGGACAGCGGGGUGGGCUACGUGGAGGACAGCGGGGUGGGCUACGGGGAUGGCAGCGGGGUGGGCUACGGGGAGGACAGCGGGGUGGGCUACGUGGAGGGCAGCGGGGUGGGCUACGUGGAGGACAGCGGGGUGGGCUACGUGGAGGACAGCGGGGUGGGCUACGUGGAGGGCAGCGGGGUGGGCUACGUGGAGGACAGCGGGGUGGGCUACGUGGAGGGCAGCGGGGUGGGCAACGGGGAUGGCAGCGGGGUGGGCUACGUGGAGGACAGCGGGGUGGGCUACGUGGAGGGCAGCGGGGUGGGCUACGUGGAGGACAGCGGGGUGGGCUACGUGGAGGGCAGCGGGGUGGGCAACGGGGAUGGCAGCGGGGUCAUUAUGGUGACUAUUCACCAGGUCAUUAUGGUGACUAUUCUCCAGGUCAUUAUGGUGACUAUUCACCAGGUCAUUAUGGUGACUAUUCACCAGGUCAUUAUGGUGACUAUUCUCCAGGUCAUUAUGGUGACUAUUCACCAGGUCAUUAUGGUGACUAUUCACCAGGUCAUUAUGGUGACUAUUCACCAGGUCAUUAUGGUGACUAUUCACCAGGUCAUUAUGGUGACUAUUCACCAGGUCAUUAUGGACAACUUCUUCAAAAGGUCAGAUGUAACACAAAUAAAGAGCAACUGUUUCAAGCUAAUCAAUCCGGUAAGAGGGACGCCACCCACCCUGGCUGACCCUGCCAAGGAAGACAUCACAUCCAUAGACGACAACGGAUCACCCGGAACUCCCACAACCAACACCAAGAGGCUAUCCAAAGCCACCACCGACGUCGAAGAGAACGGCCUUGCCACCGCCGACGAAGAUGAGGACGAAGACAAAAAAUUCCGCCGCAAAUUCCCAGACGGACAAAUGCAAUUCCUCGAAAAGGACGACGAUGCUGAUGGUACCAAACUACAGAGGUUGUUCUGUUCAGAUAUAAAGCGCCGCUUUGCACAUUAA